UAUGAUGGAGCCUGCACGGAAGCUCACGUUUCCCUCCAGUUCCCUUCCAAGAAGACCCAUUCUUGUGAAGAAAUGGAGGUUGCAGCAGCAGCAGCAGCAGCAACAGCAGUGCCGGUUUGUGUUGCAGUUGUGAAGACGUUGCAGUGGGCAAUCACCGACACUUCAACUGCUGCGGACAAUUCGCGUGACGCUGUCCACUCACUUUGACACAAUUGUUUUAUUCUAUUUUAGGUGAUUUGAGCGAAGGAUUGCCAUGAUGGGAAAACCGUAUGGCACGAUGAGUAAGGUCGCUUCGGUGGUGUUCAUGCUGAUAGCAUCAAUGGCGUGCGCAGUAACGGCUAAAGAAUUCACAGUAGGCGACACCACGGGCUGGGACUUCGCCCCAAACUCGUCCUUCUACAACGACUGGGCCAACGGACUCAAGUUUGUCCCCGGUGAUAAGAUCGUGUUCAAGUACAUCCCCAGCGAUCACAAUGUGCAAGAGGUGACAGAGUCGGACUAUGUCUCCUGCAGCAGCCUGAACCCACUGGCGGAAUACGAAUCCGGCAACGACAUCGUCACACUGCCGAAACCAGGCACUCACUACUACAUCUGCGGUUUCUUGGGCCAUUGCGACCAGGGCGGCAUGCGCAUGAAGAUAACGGUUCGAGGCGCAUACGCUCCGCAAUCAGUGCAUGGCGGCGCUACAUCACCCACGGGUGAUUUGCCUUCGCCAAUGACAGGCAUGGAUCCGGGACUGCCCAGCGCCGAUACGGCGACUGUGCUCCCGCAGGGCAAUCACGAGCGUGCGUUGACCCCUGCGGCGGUUCCUGUGACAGUUCCAGGACAUUCCGCGGCCUGUUCGUCCCGGGAGCUUGCGAUCUUCAAGAGGCGGCGACCCUUUUUCAUCCUAAUGGGUGGCGCUGCUGCGAUCUUCCCUCUAUUGUGGAAAUGAAAUUGGUCGUCUUCCGUUCUUUUCGGCGUAUCCUUUGGGUAUCUCCUUGUCGGUGGGACGUCCAUCAGUGUCGGUGGGUAUGCUGGUUCGGCCCGAGCUGCGGUGUCGACGCUCCCAUCAUAGCUUUCACAGUGAACGUCGAAUAUUUUUAUAACUAUUUAUAAAAAAAUACUCUUUAAGAUUAAAACUGGCUGAGAACAGAUUAUUCAUAACUGAGGAUGUAAAAGAAUUACAGCAGUGUUUUGAUUUGAUAUAAUUUUAUAGUAGAUGAAUCAGACUUGGAACUAACUCUGAAAAAUCAGGGUGGUUAUAUAUUCUUGUUUUGUGUUCAGGGCAGUUUGUAAUUUUGAGGAAAUCUGAAACAAGUGAUUUGCAAUUGAUUAUUAACUUGUUUCCUGAUCCAAAGUUAAAAUAUUAAUUAGAACAAAGACAAUGAACUAAUUAUGUUUAUAGUGAUUUUUAAAACUCUAUCCAAUGUUUCAUAUAA